GAAUCCAGCUCUGUACACAUAGCUGCUCACUCUGUUCCUCUACUCUGCUCGCUCACUCAGAAGGAGUUUUACAACGGGUGGAAUCUGUUAAACACGGCAUGAUACACUUCAGCAAUUUGAAUUUCAUAUUAUUAUAAGCAGUUAGGGCUCUCCAGUGGUCAAAAGUACAACAAACUUACAAGAUGGAUGAAGUGAAGCCUGUAUCUGUGGCAACAUUCCAACUUCAAAAUACCACAGAUGCUCCUUCACUUCCUAUGAUGUUCAACUCAUCAGACUGGCAUCUUGUUUAUGCCAUCGUACCACCAUACAUCUUUAUCCUGUGCUUAACUGGGAUUCUGGGAAAUGCUUUUGUUUUACUAGUGUUCUUCCUACAGAGGAGCCACUGGACUAUACCUGAGAUCUACCUGGGCAACCUGGCUCUUGCUGACCUUAUCCUGCUGGCUGGUUUGCCAUUCUGGGCUAUGAACAUCCUCAAUUACUUCUACUGGCCUUAUGGAGAGUUUCUAUGUAAGGUGGUCAACCUCUCCAUUAUUGUCAACAUGUACACUAGCAUUUACAUGCUGGUGAUGGUGAACGUGGACCGCUAUCUUGCACUGGUGCUGACAAUGAAAGCCAGAUGGUUGAGAAGGAGGCGCAAUGCCAAAGCUGUUUGUUUUUGUCUCUGGGUCUUUGGACUGGCCAUGGGCAUACCCACUGCGUCUUACCGGACAGUGCAGUAUUUCCCAGCCUUUGAGCAUGCAGCCUGCAUUAUCAUCUAUCCUUUAGACUCCUUGAAGGUGGCCCACAGCCUCCAGUUGAACCUGCUGGGCUUUGCCCUGCCUCUUCUGGCUAUUGUCUUCUGUAGUUGUAAUAUCGUGCGAGCCUUGCACAAAAGAAGGGAAAAUGUGCACAUACAGGAUGGAAAUGACCGGAAGGCCACGGUGCUGGUGUGUGCCGUGACCCUGCUGUUCCUGCUUUGUUGGGGUCCGUUCCACAUUAUAACCUUCCUGGAUACGCUUUGUGAUCUCCACGUCUUGGACAUGAUGAGGUGGUAUCACGCCUUAGACAUCGGAUCCCAGUUUUCCACCUACUUAGCGUUCCUUAACAGCUGCCUUAACCCAUUGCUGUACAUAUGCACAGGCCGCUACUUCAGGAGGAAAGUCAGCGAAAUCUAUAAGCGGAGAAGAAGCUCAGUUGGAUCUGUGGUCACCGCCCUGCAGCGCUCAGUUGUGUCAACCUACAUCCAAAGGACUGAUCAAAUCACACCAGUCGUACUGUAGGACCAGAGCUACAGUAUAUGUACGUUACCAUAUAUGGAUAUAAAAUGGAUCCAAAAAGAAAUUGUCCUGGUAGAUAUAAUACAGCACUAGAAAUGUACACACCAGAGCUCUGUGACACAAAAAUGUUUGUCAGAAUGACUUGUGCGGGUUGGACAUGCAUGUGGAGGGAUAUUUGUGAGCUAUAUAAACAUCUACCUUACUCUGCAGUUUAGACAGUCCCUGCAGCUUCUAACAGUCUUGCUGUUUAGCAUCAAGCCUUGAACGUGCUGUUCAUUACUGUCAGAGGUACUGUCAUUAUGUAUCAAAACAUCAGCGUUCUAGAAGUCCAUUUAGGAAAGUUCGUGAACUCAGCUUUUCACUUUUCAUGAUAGUGGCUGGCUUUUUUUUACUGAAGGGUGGGUCUUUCCCUGUAAAUGGACUUGAUGAGUGUUACAACUUUUCCCAUUUAUUGUUUAAACAGUGAAAUGUCUUCCCCUCCUUUAUAAUGUCUCUGAUGAGAUAACAACCUGAGUAAAAUUAGCUACCAAAAAAAGUAUUUUCUUACUUACUUACUAGUACCUACUGCACUGCACUUAUCAGAAAUAAAGGUAGUAAACUGUCACUGG